AUGGCGUCCGAGAAGCUCAAGGGCGACCAGCUCGAGGGCGACAUCACCUUCAUCAAGACCCCUCCCCAACCCCCCGCCAAGUUCAGCACCACCGAGGACUGCGGUGUCAAGACCACAGACUACCCCGCCAUCUACAAUGCGCCACUUCCUGCUGAGGGCCCCGGCCACGAGUCCUUCUCGAACUGGGUGCUCGGAGCUCUCGUCUUCGGCGUACCUUGGUGGCUCACCCGCUCCGUUGGCGGCGGCUGGAAGACCUACACCUUCUUCCUCCUGCUCUGCUUCUUCCCGGCCCUGAUCGUCGUCUGGACCAUCGCCUCCACCUACUCCCCGCGCAUCAACGACAAGGCCAAGCUGCCCGGCCGCCCCGUCGAGCACUACAUCACCUUCAAGAAGGAGGCCGACAAGCAGCGAUGGAGCGGUCGCAACAAGAUCCCCAUCAAGACCUUCUACGAAAUGUACUUUGACGGCGACGUCGAGUUCAACGGCGACUGCCUCGAGAUCAUGGAGUACCGCCACGACUGGUGCACCUUCCAGUUCACUUGGGCCGUCCUCAAGUUCAUCCUCUUCACCUUCUUCCGCGACGUCGCCUUCCACUCCCGCGAGCAGGACGAGGAGCAGGUCCGUCCCACCUACGACUCCGGCAACGACCACUACGCCUGGUUCCUCGGCCCCCGCAUGAUCUACACCUCGGGCGUCUUCUCCGACAUCACCCGCGAGGAGACCCUCGAGGAGAUGCAGGACAACAAGAUGGCCAUCGUCUGCGAGAAGAUCGACCUCAAGGAGGGCGAGACCAUGCUCGACAUCGGCUGCGGCUGGGGAACCCUUGCCCGCUUCGCCUCCGUCAACUACGGCGCCCACGUCACCGGAGCCACCCUUGCCCGCAACCAGGCCGCCUGGGGCAACGACGCCCUCCGCCGCGCCGGCAUCCCCGAGACCCAGUCCCAGCUCCUCGUCUCCGACUACCGCGACAUCCCCAAGAAGAAGUUCAACAAGAUCACCCAGCUCGAGAUGGGCGAGCACGUCGGCAUCAAGCGCCUCACCGGUUUCUUCCGCCAGUGCUACGACAUGCUCGAGGAUGACGGUGCCAUGUACGUCCAGCUCUCCGGCCUCCGCAGACCCUGGCAGUAUGAGGACCUCAUCUGGGGCACCUUCCUCAACAAGUACAUCUUCCCCGGCGCCGACGCUUCCACCCCUCUCUGGUACUACAUCUCUUGCCUCGAGAAGGCCGGCUGGGAGAUCAAGAGCGUCGACACCGUCGGUGUUCACUACUCCGGCACCCUCUGGCGCUGGUACCGCAACUGGCUCGGCAACGCCAACGCCAUCACCGCCAAGUACGGUCAGCGCUGGUACCGCAUCUGGGAGCUCUUCCUCGCCUGGUCCGUCAUCGCCUCGCGCCAGGGCUCCGCCACCUGCUUCCAGAUGGUCGCCGUCAAGAACCUCAACGCCGUCCACCGUAUCGACGGCUUCGCCUCCCAGUUUGGCCUCUCCGGCGCUCUCGCCGCCGCCAAGGCCAAGGGCAAGGCCAUUCUCAAGCAAUAA